AUGGAGGUCGUGGGGUGGAGAGGUCGAGUGUGGUGGCCUCCUCAGGGCGGAGGUGGUGGGCAUCUGCUUGGUGACACGUGUCUUAAUGGUGACACGUGUCUUACUGGUGACACGUGUCUUACUGGUGACACGUGUCUUAAUGGUGACACGUGUCUUACUGGUGACACGUGUCUUACUGGUGACACGUGCCUUAAUGGUGACACGUGUCUUACUGGUGACACGUGUCUUACUGGUGACACGUGUCUUACUGGUGACACUGGUGACACGUGUCUUACUGGUGACACGUGUCUUAGUGGUGACACGUGUCUUAAUGGUGACACGUGUCUUACUGGUGACACGUGUCUUACUGGUGACACGUGCCUUAAUGGUGACACGUGUCUUACUGGUGACACGUGUCUUACUGGUGACACGUGCCUUAAUGGUGACACAUGUCUUACUGGUGACACGUGUCUUACUGGUGACACGUGUCUUACUGGUGACACGUGCCUUAAUGGUGACACGUGUCUUACUGGUGACACGUGUCUUACUGGUGACACGUGUCUUACUGGUGACACGUGUCUUACUGGUGACACGUGUCUUACUGGUUACACCGGUGACACGUGUCUUACUGGUGACACUGGUGACACGUGUCUUACUGGUGACACUGGUGACACGUGUCUUACUGAAACACUGGUCUUACUGGUGACACUGGUGACUGUGAGUCUUACUGGUGACACUGGUGACACGUGUCUUACUGGUGACACGUGUCUUACUGGUGACACGUGUCUUACUGGUGACACUGGUGACACGUGUCUUACUGGUGACACUGGUGACACGUGUCUUACUGGUGACACUGGUGACACGUGUCUUACUGGUGACACUGGUGACACGUGUCUUACUGGUGACACUGGUGACACGUGUCUUACUGGUGACACGUGUCUUAGUGGUGACACGUGUCUUAAUGGUGACACGUGUCUUACUGGUGACACUGGUGACACGUGUCUUACUGGUGACACUGUUGACACGUGUCUUACUGGUGACACUGGUGACACGUGUCUUACUGGUGACACUGGUGACACGUGUCUUACUGGUGACACUGGUGACACGUGUCUUACUGGUGACACUGGUGACACGUGUCUUACUGGUGACACUGGUGACACGUGUCUUACUGGUGACACUGGUGACAAGUGUUUUACUGUGAACAGUGAUAGCACACAAGUAGGCAAGUUGUACUCCAAGCUUUGA